AGUUGGUAACGGCAUUGUUUGACACUGGUUUUGAAUUGGUUUGAGGUUAACUUUUUUAAACAUCGGUAGCCAAAAACGCUUAUUAUAGAAAAUAUGGAAAUUGAUCAAACUAUAAAUGAUAUGAGGCCAGGAAAUAUACUGCAUAUAGUUAUGGAAAACUUUGUAACAUAUACAAAAGCAAGUUUAUCAAUGGGGCCUAAUAUAAAUGUGAUUUGUGGUCCAAACGGCACAGGAAAAUCAACAAUAGUUGCAGCAAUUAUUUUAGGAUUAGGUGGUAAUCCAAAACAAGUUGGUCGUGGAACUAGAGUUUCAGAGUAUGUAAAGCACGGUUGUACAGAAGCAAAGAUACAAAUUAUUUUGUACGACCCCAACAAGUCUUCCAAGAACGUUUUGAUAACAAGACAAUUUACUACAUCUAAUCACACAGAAUGGAAAAUAGAUGACAAGAAAGUUUCAAUAAACGAUGUAAAAGAUUACACUACAAAGUUUAAUAUUCAAAUAAAUAAUUUGUGUCAAUUUUUGCCUCAAGAUCGAGUUCAAGAAUUUUCAAAGUUGAAUAAACAAGAUUUGCUAAAACAGACUAAAAUUGCUUUGUGCAGAGAGGAUUUAGUGCAAAAGAAAGACAUAUUAGUUCAAACUAUGAUUGAUUUCAACAAUAGCCAUAAAAACUUAGAGAAAAACAUUGAAAAGUUACAAGCUGCUAAAAAUCUUAUUAUGCAAUUAGAUGGAAAAGUUAAAAACUUGGAGAAGAAGAAAGGGUAUCUUAAAUCAGUUAAAGAUAUUAAUAGGAAGAUUGCGUGGAUAAAUUAUGAGGAAAUUGUUUCAAAAAGAAACGAAGUCAAAGAAGAUAGAUCUAAAGCAAGGGAAUUGUUGAAUAAUAGAAAAAAGGACUUAGAACCUAAAGAAAAACUUGUUAGGGAGUUUCAAGAAAGUAUAAAACAAUUUCAAAUAAAAAUUAACAAUACAGAUACAUCAAUGAAAAAUACACAAGCAAAAAUCACAAGCUUAGUAACAGAAAUAACAUCAUUAAAUGAAGAAAUAAAUGGUCAAAAGCAACAGAUGGAAUCACAACUAAAAGAGUUGUCCCAGCGAGAUAUAGAUAUAGCAAAUUAUACAAAAAAGAGACAAGCUUUGUAUAAUGAUAAAAAUGAAAUUAUUUCAAAAUAUGGAAAUGAAAAUGAAAUGAAAUCUUCCAUCUCCAAUGUUAAUCAAAAUCUUACAAAAUUAAUGGGUGAUCGUAAUCAUUUGGAUAAUAAGAAAUCGGAAUACGAAGAUUUAAAACGAAAUAAUAUGUAUGAAAGGCAGGGUAUGGAAAAUCAUCUUCGUAAUAUGGAAAAUAUAAAAGAUCAACGUUUAGAGUAUUUAAGAAGACUUGAUAAUGGCGCUUACCAAGCUGUGAUGUGGUUAAGACAAAAUCAACUGGAUUUUAUUGGAACUGUUUAUGAACCAAUGAUAUUAGAGUUAAAUGUAAUUGAUCCCAAACAUGCGUUAUAUCUUGAAAACGUUGUGGCAAGAAGAGAUAAAAUUGCAUUUGUUUGUACAGAAAAGCAAGACAUGAAUCUUUUAAUUCGUGUGCUUAGAGAUCAACAUAAUUUUAGCGUCAACAUUUUAUAUUCGGAAGAUCGUAACGAUCAAAACUUAAAUAUGUAUCAACCAAAAAUUCCGAUUGAACAUUUAAAAAAAUACGGCUUUUUUGCGUAUUUGAACAGUUUAGUGACUGGCCCAAAAGCAAUUAUGAAGUAUUUGUGUAAAAAUUAUUGCAUUCAUCAAAUUCCAAUUGGAAAUGAAAGCACAAACAAUCAUUUUGAGGCUAUUCCUGCUGAUAUACGAUUAUUUUUUAGCGAUAAAAGUAGAUUUUCUAUUUCUUAUUCCAAAUAUACAAACCAAAAAAUUAGCAAACAAGAUAGUAUUAGUACAGAUGGAAGUUUUUCGAUUUCUAUUGAUACAAGAAAACUUAAUGAAGUGAAAAGCAGAUUAGAAGUUCAUAAACGAAAUUUUGAAAAUUUGAUUUCUGAAGAAAAAUCGUUAAAUGAACAAGUUGGAAAACUAUUGGAAAUGAUUAAAAAAGAAAAAGAUGUGAUGAAUUCAGUGAAACAAGAUCAUCAAAAAUUACGAAUGAUUGAAGAAAAAAUUAGUCGAUAUCAUCAAAUACUCGAACAAUUUAAAAAUGAUACUCAAACUGUAACUCAAAUUGAAGCUGAAACUAAACAGAAAAUUAAUAUUAUAAUUAAGAAAAUGAAAGAAAAAAAUAAACCACUUAAAACAUACAUGACCGAGUAUAAUAAUUACAAAGUAAUAGAAAAUGUAACUAAAUUAAAAUUAGGAUACGGAAAAGAUAAAGUAAUAACAUUAAAAAAUGAAAUAAUAAACAUUCAGGAUGCUUUUAAACGCGAACAGGAACUUUACGAUAAUUUAACAAGUUAUUUAAAUACAUUAACAAACGAGGCUAAAAUAUCACUUGAACGUGCUAAGAAGCUAUCGAACGGUUUUACGCCAGCUGAAGAUGGUUUCGAACCGUUCCGUGAAAUAUACGAUAAACUUGACGAUACAAUUGAAAAGUUAAACGAACAAAAAGAAACGAUUCAAAAUAAAAUUGAAUGUUUAAACUCGGCCGACGAAAACGAAAUUCGUAAAUAUGAAGAACAAGUUCAACUGGCUACACAAUUAGAAGAAAAAGUUGAAAAUGCCAAUAAAGAUGGUGAUUUAAUGGAACGAAAAAUUGAAACACUCGAACGCGAAUAUUUAGAGCCACUGGAAUACGUAAUCGGUCAGAUUAAUGAAAAAUUUCGAGCGGCUUAUGAACGAAUGGGUUGUGCGGGUGAAGUUACUGUAUUUAAAGGGGAUAAUCCAAAAGAUUAUGAUAAUUAUGGUAUUUCGGUUAAAGUUUCGUAUCGAAGCGGGGAACCUUUACAAGAAUUAAACAGUUUAACGCAAAGUGGUGGUGAAAAAGCUGUGGCUACAGCUACUUAUAUGCUAUCAAUGCAAGAAUUAACACCGGUCCCAUUUAGAUGUGUUGAUGAAAUAAAUCAAGGAAUGGAUGAAACUAACGAAAGGAGAAUUUUUAGAUUACUUACUGAAACUGCCGCUCAGCCAAAUACAGCCCAAUAUAUUCUUGUUACACCUAAAUUAAUUCCAAAAUUAAGUUACGUCAGAAAUAUGAUGGUUCACUGCGUUUAUAGUGGUCCUUUUUUAAAUCUUUAAUAAAUAUGUAAUAAAGUA